UUUAGCCAUACGGAUGGCUGCGAUGGCGGCUACAAGUGCGAGUGCAGGGAAGGAUACUUCGCCAGAAACAAAACAUUCAAUGGCACUCUUGUCGAAGUGGCCUGGGCGAGCAAGAUGCAGUCCCAGAAUCCGACGUACCAGAUGUUGUACGUGUGUCACAAGUGUCCUCCCGACUGCAAGGACUGUAAGAGUGACGAACCCUGCAUGGCCUAUUAUAACUGGCCUUUUAGGAUCGCGUUAUUGACCAUCUCGAUCCUGUGCAUCCUUCUAACCCUGGUCUUGAUGGGGAUGGUGUAUCAUUACCGCAGCGUCAAGGUCUUUAGACUGGCUUCGCCCACGUUCCUCUGCAUCUGUCUCAUCGGUUGCAUCAUCAUGUACUUGGAGGUAAGGCCCGUACUGUGUUUAGAUUCUGGGAGAUUUUAUGAUAUGCACUGUAUUUAGGCAUUCGGAGAUAUUUUAUGCACUGUAGCUAGCCUUUAAAGA